UGUUCUGUACCUUGAUGACCAAAAUAUAAACCUUCAGUCACGUGCAUUAAUCCUGUCGCAGUUGGACAGUGUGUGUGAUGAUGAUCAGGACCCGGAACUGCAGAACCUCAUUUGUCUGGAGACGCUUCAGCUGCUCAUCAUAAAGGUUCUGGAGGAUGGGUUCGACGUCUCUGAUCGGGGUUCUGCGCGCGCUGCUCCACAGCUGCUCGGUGUCCGGGAUCCUCGCGCUCUCCGCGGCUGCGCUCCUGUGCGCGCUCGCGGCGCGUCUCGCCGUCAAACGGCACGCGCUGAGGUGCUUCAACCAGCCGCCGCAGCGAAACUGGCUGAUGGGACACAUGGGACUAAUGGGCCAUAAUGAAGCGGGACUGCAGGCCAUUGAUGAUUUGGUCAGGAGGUACGUCCACUCCUGUGCCUGGUAUCUGGGUCCCUUCUAUAACAUGGUCCGUCUCUUCCACCCAGACUACAUCAAGUCACUUCUGACCGCCUCGGCUAACAUUACUUUCAAAGACAGGAUCUUUUAUGGGUUCAUGAAACCCUGGUUGGGUCACUGUCUUCUGCUCCAGAACGGUCAGGAAUGGUCACGCCACCGCCGACUCCUAACUCCAGCGUUCCACUUCGACAUCCUCAAAAAAUACGUUCACAUUUUUAACCAGUCCACCAACAUCAUGCACACUAAAUGGCGCCGCCUGCUGGCCGAAGGACAGAACAGCCUGGACAUGUUUGAGCACAUGAGCUCCAUGACUCUGGACAGUCUGCUCAAAUGCACCUUCAGCUGUGACAGUCACAGUCAGGGGGAACCCAGUGAAUACAUCACAGCUAUCCUGGAUCUGUCUAAACUGCUCGUUCAGAGACAGCAUUACCUUCCGUAUCACUGGGACUGGCUGUACUGGCGCUCCGAACAGGGACGGCGCUUUCGCAAGGGUUGCGACAUCGUACACAGCUUCACUGCUAAAAUUGUUCAAGAACGGCGUUCCCAACUCAAACAGCAGGAAUCCGGGAAGAGCAACACGAAAAACCUGGAAUACACAGGAGGAUACAAGAAGAAGGACACGGACCUCAUCGAUUUACUGCUUCUGUCAAAAGAUGAGAAUGGCGAGGGACUCACGGACGAGGAGAUCAAGGCACACGCAGAUAUGUUCAUGUUUGCAGGUCACGACACCACCGCCAGCGCCCUCUCCUGGAUCUUCUACAAUCUGGCCAUGCAUCAGGAUCAUCAGGAGCGCUGUCGUGCUGAGGUCAUGUCGCUGCUGCGGGACGGAGAGACACAAGACAUCAGCUGGGAGGAUCUGAGUCAGCUGCCGUUCACCACCAUGUGCAUCAAGGAGAGUCUGCGGCUUCACUCGCCUGUUCUGGCGCUGACACGAUACUACUCACAGAACAUGAAGACGCCAGGAGACUGUGUCAUUCCUCAGGGAUGCCUCUGUUUGAUUAGUAUUUAUGGUGUCCACCGUAACCCUGAGAUCUGGACCGACCCAGAGGUGUUCGACCCCAUGCGCUUCGACCCGGAGAACUCACACGGACGCUCUCCUCACGCUUUCAUUCCUUUCUCAGCAGGACCCAGGAACUGCAUUGGGCAGAACUUCGCCAUGGCAGAGAUAAAGGUGGUUGUCGCUCAGACUCUGUCCAGGUUCAGGAUUCUGCCGGGACCCAAACCGGUGCGGCGUCUCUAUCAGCUGGUGCUGAGAGCAGAAGGAGGCCUGAUUCUGAACGUCGAGAGGCUCAGCGAGUGACCAGCGCUGAAGCACAUCCCCUUACAAUGCUUACUGUGAUAUUUUUUAAUAAUUUAUUAUUGGUUCAAAGUUUUAAAGGGGAACUGUUGAAUUGCAAACCAACUGUUUUGUAACAUAUACUGCUCUAACUGCGUAAACUUAUUAUGCUUUGAUUGAAAAUUUAAAAACUUUGUUGCAUAGCCAAUUUUGCUUUUUUAAAUAUUAAAAAGAUGGAAAUAUAAUUAAAAUAUAUUUCAGUGAA